AUGUCUACUGCCCAACAAAAACAAGAACAGUUUCAAAAGAAAGAUUCUUCCUUUGGUGCCUCAUGUACUUCGUUCUACACGACGGAAGAAAAGAAGGACUCUUACGAAACUUUGGAUGACGUCUUGCUAGAGAAAUGUGCAGAUGAGAAAAUUCGGGCCGUCAUUCAAGAUUUGAUGCAAGUUUGUGCCGAUAUCACCGAGGCUCUUCGAGUGGCAUUGGUGACAGUAGAGGGAUCCACAAAUGACUUUGGAGAUUCGCAGCUCAGCGUGGAUGUGAUUGCCGACAAGCUGCUUUGGGACGCGGUAAAAAAGUCUCCUGUUAUCCGUGAAGGAGCUUCUGAAGAAGAUCCUAUUGUCCGCAAUGUCGAUGAAGGCGGCGAGGGUGAAUUCACGGUCUGUUGGGAUCCCUUGGAUGGUUCUUCGAUUGUCGACAACAACUGGGCGGUUGGAACCAUGAUUGGCGUUUGGCCCAAAAAAACUGGAUUGAUUGGAGCCACUGGGAGGGAUCAAGUUACAAGUGUUGUUGCCUUGUACGGACCUCGAACAACUGUGCUGGUGGCCUUGGACGACGGAACCUAUGAAUUCACCUAUGGAUGUAACUCUGAUGGAAAUACCAGUAGUACUCCUCGUCGUCCAAGUAUGGGUAUCAUCUCUGAGGGAAAUACGGGUAUCAUCUCUGAGGGAAAUGCUUCUCUAGCAAGUAUGAGCAGCAUCAAGGACGACACCUGGAUUUGCUCUCGUCAUGCGAUUCGAAUCAAACCUACUUCCAAAAUCUUUUCUCCUGCCAACUUGCGUGCAUCCCAAGAAUUGACUGGUUACCGCAAUUUGGUCGACCACUACAUGGUCAACCGUUAUACUUUGCGGUAUACUGGCGGUUUGGUCCCCGAUGUCUAUCAACAAUUUACAAAGAGACAGGGCGUCUUUUGUAAUCCUACUUCCGAAAAGUCUCCUGCCAAGCUACGAUUGGCAUUUGAGGCAGCGCCCUUUGGACUGCUGGUCGAAAAGUCAGGAGGAAAGACGUCGGAUGGAAUCACUGGUGGAUCAAUCUUGGAUGUCCAAAUCAAUGCUGUUGACCAACGAACAGCAUUGUGUCUGGGGUCGACCAAUGAGGUCGACCGAUUUAAUGAAAUGCUUGGUUUGACCGAUAGCGACAAUAGCGACACGAAAGCUGACGCUAUUGCCGAGGCGAGGGCGCUUGCGGCUAGCUUGCAAUCUAAAGUUGUGGCUGAAGGGGGGACGCUUGCCGCUAACAUGAAAUCUAAGUUCACUGCUUUCACCGAUAGGUUUGUCAAGUAA